CUUGUGUAGACUGUAACAGUUUCUGUGGCUGGGCAAAACAAAACUGUCCAAGAGUGUUUGAUGGAAUUCACAGCUGGGUGAGAAAGAUAUUGUUUCGUAGAGGACAUCCAUCAGACACCACCUCUUCUCACAGACAGGGAUUUCCUGUUAUACCCUGUCUGUCAAAUCCAUUAGACAGUCAGGCCUUAUUGAACACAGAAACCCUCUGGAUUAUCUCUACAAUUCUUCCGCCCUGUUUCCUUGUUAGUGUAGUGCAAACAUCCAAUUUAGGAGGUCCUCAGGCAACAACUACCGAUGAAAGAAAAGCAAAUCCACUGGAAAGAUGUAAAGAAUGGAUGAUGCUUUAUGACAGUUUGCAGCAUGGCCAGAGUUUAAACAGGUUCAAACAUCACUGCAUGGCGUACCGUGGACCUACUGUUACUCUGUUAAGACUUGGAAAGGAAGGAUUGAUCAUUGUUGCUAUUGAUGUAGAGUGGAGAGAGUCCACGUCUAGCUGGGGAAACUCUGACUGCAGGGUCAUCCAAGUACGACCCAAGUUUCAGGUGUUGAGAGCUGGUCCAAACUUGAUCUUUUUCAAUGAGAGAGCCCGAGGUUUACCAUCCGGUAUCGUGUUGGGACAGACAUCAAGGCCUUGUGUUACCCUGGACACUGGUUUAUCAUCCGCAAAACUUCAUUAUCAAACCGAUUUAACACCCCAGACAAUCAGCAAAAUAGAGGUUUGGGGAUGUGGAGGACAAGAAUUAAAAGACAAACAACAGAAACAACAGCAGUGGGAGCGAAAACAAGCAGAAAAACUUCAAAAGGUUAAACGGCCAGGAAGAUGGGACGAGAACCCAGACAAAGCAAUCUUGGAAAUGGCUGGAGUCACAACUAAUCACAGUCAGCGAUAACAAAAUAAGGUCAAAGAAUUGUAAUAAUAUAUCAUGUUGCCAGUAGCUCGCCAACUGUCGCUAAACCAGAAUUUACUUCCCAUAGAAAAGAAAAGAACAAUUGACUUGUCAACUGAUCGUCCUUCCGCGGAAGGUGAAAUUGAGAUUACGUGUUUGUGAGCUGUCUUUCUUCAAAGUAUCGCUUACCAUUCUGUGACAACUAAAUUUGCAAUUGAUCUCUAGGGAGUUUUUGAGAAUUUCUUUCAAUUUAUAGCGUGAAACGCUCUGGAACUCUUGUGUUCCGGUAAAAAGCAGUUUGUUUUCCUGUGAGAGGCCAAAUAAUGUUUAUUUUAUUACCAUCUUACUAUUUUUCAACAAUUAUUCGCCAAAGGCGAGGUGAACAUUGGUGAAUAUUCACCAAUGUUCACCGAGCCUGAGGCGAAUAAUUGUUUUAGUAUAACACAGAAUAACGACUAAAACAGACUGUUCGUUUGCAUACACGCAUGCAGCCGUAGUUUUAAUAAUAAGCUCACACGUAAGCUUACAUCGAUUGUGAAUCCAUUUACAAAUCAAGUUCGGCACUAAAACAAACAAGCGAAACACUACGAAAAAUAAAUUCAUCCCGUACCUUUGUUUUAUCGUUGUUGACCUCACUCA